CAAGCUGAAGAGAGAAGAGGCAUAAGGGACAGUACUGGGAAAACCUGCUGAAGGAGACUCGUGCAGCAGGAAGAUGGAGCGAUCGGACCGUGAUGUGAAGGGGGCAUCCAAGAGGAAGAGGAAGAGGAGGUCUAGAGGCAAAGAAUGGAGUGAUCAAAUAUCGACCCUCAUCCGACCCGUAAAUCCCUGGGACUCUGCGGCGUCAUCAGUCGAGGAUGCAGACAAUUCAAGUAACCACAGUUUGGAGGUUAAAGAGAAUGAAACUGAGAAAAACCAGCUGGACCACGAGCUUCUACGAAAGUAUCAUCCAUCUACUUUUUACACAACGUUCCCCAAGCACAAACCCAGAGCCCCGAAGAGGAAGCAGCCGCUGGUGGACGGGAAGGACCAGCCGCUCUUCCAAAGCCCGCUGACCUGUAAGAGGGCAGCCUGGGCCGUGACCCAGAAGAACGCACUGGUGCAGCUGAACGAGUUACGACCGGGUCUGCGAUACGAGGUGGUGUCGAAAAGCGGCCCGCUUCACUCCCCGGUGUUCUCCGCCGGUGUGGAGGUCAACGGCUUCCACUUCGAGGGUCUAGGAUCCACAAAGAAACAGGCCAAGAUGAGGGCAGCAGAGCUGGCUCUCCAGUCCUUCAUCCAGUUCCCCAACACCUUCCUGACUCACGCAGUGCUGGGAAACGGUACAACCGUGGACUUUACGGCAGACAAGCUGAACCUCCCCGAUACAUUCCUCGAAACCUUUGAACCGCUGAACAUUGAAAACUGCGAUCUCCUGCACCGCAACGCGGCAAGGAAGGACGUCUUUUCAAGCAUCUACAGCCGCAGGCACCUCGUUCAAUUGACGCUGGACUUACUUUCUUCUGCGAAUCCAAAGAGUCGAGCCCUCAGCAACUCACUUUUAGAGCACCUUAGUCCAGUGGAGCUGCUCGGCGAGCUUCAGCCAGGACUCAGAUACGUGUGUCUUACAGAGAAGGUUCCCGGCAGGCGGAUGAGGAACUUCAUCAUGGUUGUGAAGCUGGAUGGAAAGGUGUUUGAAGGUUGCGGUCACAGUAAGAGACUGGCCAAGACCCGGGCCGCAGCAGCGGCCCUGUACGCUCUUUUCAACAUAAGUCUGGGACCAGAGAGGACGUUAAUGGGCUUCCAGAGCGGCAGGACCACAAAUCAGCUACCUCAGUUUUUUGCAGAGUCCAUCUACCACUUGGUGAGAGAGAAAUACCUGCAGCUGAUGGGCAGCUAUGCAGCCACGUCGCAAACCCAUCACAAGGCGCUGGCAGGGAUUGUAAUGACCAGAGCAUUUGACCUCAGAUCCGCCCGGGUCGUGUCCCUGGCUACAGGGACCAAGUGUUUGGACUUAGACAACAUGUGCGACCACGGCUGCACGCUCAGCGACUGUCACGCUGAGGUCCUCAGCCGCAGAGCGCUGGUUCGAUACCUGUACACUCAGCUGGAGCUGCUGCUUCGUAAACCGGCAGCAGCCGAUGAACCAUCGAUCUUUGUACCGAGCAAAGGAUGCAGCGGUGGCUUCCGGCUGCAGGACGGCGUCCUCUUCCACAUGUACGUCAGCUCGUCGCCCUGCGGAGACGCUCGACUCAACUGCCCCUACGAGGCCGCGGCUGCAUAUCCCAGCAGGAGGUUUCGCUCUCACCUCCGGGUGAAGGUGAACGGCGGCGAGGGGACGCUGCCCGUCACGCCACGGAGAGCCAAUCAGAAGCGGGACGGAGGGUCACCGGGGAAACCUGUCGUCACCCUGUCCUGCACUGAUAAAAUAGCAAAGUGGAGCGUCGUGGGCCUCCAGGGGGCGCUCCUGUCUCACCUGGUGGAACCGGUCUACCUGCACAGCCUGACGGCGGGAACGCUCAGCCACACCGGUCACCUGGACCGAGUCAUGGCGCGCCGGCUGGCGCCCGUCAAGCACCUGCCCUUCCCCUACCGCCGCCAGAAGCUGCUGCUGGGCUGUCUGAGCAGCGGAGAGGUUCGGUCUGCAGGGAAGGCGUCCAGCCUGAGCCUGAACUGGUCCUGGGGCGACGGGGGACCCGAGGAGGUCAGCCCCGCCACGGGGAGGAGGACGGACUCUGACGCUCCGUCGCGGCUCUGCAGACGCUCCCUGUUCGCCCGCUGGCUGAGGCUGCAGAAGCAGUUAAAUGGACCUGCGUUGGGUGCAGGAGCCACUGCAGGAACAUAUUCUACUUGGAAGAUGGCUGCUGGACGGUACCAGAGGGCGGUGCAGCGGUUCAGCUUCGCUCUGCAGGGUGGAGGUCUGGGAACGUGGCUCAGGAAACCUCCCAAGAUGGGUCACUUUACCGUCAGCGUGUAAACAACUGAGUGCACGUUGUGAAACUUGAUGGAGUAAAAGUUAAAAUCGGAAGCUGCAGACUGCUGAGCUUCACUUCAUAACACCACGAUGACUGAUGAGGGAUUGAUGACCGCUGCUGCCCAAUCAACAGUCUGCACCCCCAAUGAUACAGAAAUGCAUUGCUUUAUAUCUUCACCUUCGAUAAUCUUGUUCAAAAAAACUUCCAACGUUUUUUCAUUUCCACAUUAACUUCAGUUUUUGGGGCUUGUAGUGACCUCCGGUGGACGGUCGAGGAACUGCUCCUAUUUAGUUCCAGAAGUCAGAAUAUUCUCGUUUGGUUCAAAUGUGAGAGAGCAGCGCCCCCUCUGUCUGCCUGUGAUCACACAAAACAGUCACGAUUAAAAACUGUCAUCUUCCAAAGUCAUUUCACUGUAUUUUGUCUGUAAAAUUUAGUUCUGACGUUUCCUUUGUGAUUUUUUAGGUUAUUCUUAAAGGCUAUUCUUAAACUGAGUUUUAACCCUCAAACACUUUCAGAAGUCGAACCGACUGAAACAUUCCCACCUUCUCAGUUCAUAACUGAUAAAAGUGAUAAGUGUCAGGUUUUCCUUCAGCAUUCAUCCAGACAGACUUCUGUUUACAUUUUAUCAUCUACAAUAUUUAUGUUUUACUUCUUUUUUUAGUGUUUUCUGCUCUUUAUGUAACUUUCUGUCCUGGACAUUUUAUCCUGGUUCACGUCUGCAACCUCAGGACCUGGAAACAGUGAAGAUCAGGAGUGACGUCACACUGCCCCCUACAGGAAGAUAAUUACAUAACAUGGACUCAGCUUUUUAAAGAGGACAGAAGUGUUACAACAUGAAAUCAAGAGUGAAGGAAAAUGUUUAUUUGUUGAAUCAUGAAAAUCCCCCCAAAUUGUCUCGUGAUUUACAAUUUAGGAAAAGGUUUUUGGGUUAAAAGGGUGUUAUUAAAAACUUUUGUUGUUGCUGAAUAUGAAAGUUAAUAUGAUUAGGGAUGCAGAAUGUACAAUAAUUGAACGUUAAGAAAAUAAAAUAAAAUUUUCAUUCGUUAAUUAACCUGUC